GUUCAAGGAUCUUUGGUGUUAUUUUUGCAUUCGUUAUCAAAGACACCUGUUUAAUUCUCAUGCAGCAGUUCAGUGACCUGUUUUACGUGUAUAUAAAGACGGGAACUGAAGGAGUGGUGUCAGACUGCAUCUUGCUGUCUAAAGAGGUGAUAUUUCACAAUGAGGCGUGCUGCAGCUUUUCUGGUGUUGCUGCUCUGUCUGUACUGGACGAGGGCUCAGGGUGAGAGUGGAGGGGUGACAGGGAAUGAUAUCACUCAGACGGAGGUUCAGUCUGAGAUCCUGGGUGUCAAAGCAACCAGUGAUCAGACCAACAUCACCCCUGACAUCUGGGCUGAGCUGAAGGAGCUGAGAGACAUGGCCAUCAAACACAGUGUGGAGCUGUGGAAGCUGGAGCAGGAGAAUACAGUGUUGGAGACCAGAAUGAACGCCAGUGAAAACGAGGUGGAGGAGCUCAAGAGACAGAAUGCAGACCGACCAAAGGUGGCGUUCUCACUUGGUCUCACUGAUGAUGGACGUAUUGGACCCUUCAAUACUGACAUCACACUUAAGUUCAGUAAAGUCUUCACCAACUUUGGUCAGGCCUACAGUCCAACUACAGGUCUCUUCACAGCCCCAGUCAGAGGAGUCUACUACUUCUCAUUCACUAUGGUGGAUACCCGUUAUAACGUAUGGAGUUAUGUUUAUCUCUAUCACAAUAACAAGAGAGUAUCAUGGAAUGAGAAUUACAAUGUUGAAUAUGGCCGGAACAUAUUUUCUAAUUCACUGGUUCUUCAGCUGGAAAAGGGGGAUGUGGUCUACAUGGUUUUACCUGCCAGCAGUAGUGUAUUCGAUGAUACCUAUAAUCGUACUACAUUUAACGGAUUUCUGCUUUUUCCACUGUGAGACUAAAGCAUGAGAAUUUCUUUAUCCCCACAUUUCUUACAUAGUCUACAA